AUGUCUGUCUCUGCUGUGGUGCCAAUGGAGUCUAAUCCAGAAGUCUUCACUGAGUUGGCUCACAAAAUUGGGUUAUCGAGUGUGUUAGCCUUCAAUGAUGUUUACUCCUUGACUGAUCCAGACUUGCUUUCUUUCAUUCCUCGACCAUGCUUUGCCAUCAUCUUGUUAUUUCCUAUAACUGAAUUUUACGAGACUGAAAGAAAACGAAUCGACUCCCAGUCUUCUGAACUAUACAGUGAGUUUGGUGAAAAUGAGAAAGUAUUGUGGUUCAAACAGACAAUUAAGAAUGGAUGUGGUUUAUACGCUUUAUUACAUUCCAUAGGCAAUAUAAAUGAUGAAUACUUGCAAAAGGAUUCAACCAUUUACAAUUUUUUCAAAGAAGCGAAAAAUCUAAAUGUUAAAGAAAGAGCUGAUUUGGUUCAAGUGUUAGAAAAAAGCUAUUCAUCACUUGCCAAUCAGGGCCAAACUGAAGCACCUGAAGCUCUGGAUGAUGUUAGCCUACAUUUUAUAUCCUUUGUCAAAAGUUUUAAAAACGAUCAUGUCUAUGAAUUAGAUGGUAGAAGAAACUCUCCAAUUGAUUUGGGUCAAUCAAUUUCUCCUGAGAAUACGGAUGUCUUAUUAGAAAAGAAUAUUAUUGAUAAAAUCCAAUAUUAUAUGGAUAAUGCUGAUGAGGCAAACAAAUAUAAUUUUUCCAUGAUGGCCCUUGUUCCUUCUUUUUGA